AUUUUAUUUCGUAUAAUAUUUGUGGCCACGUGUCCCUUGUCUAGCCUAACCUUGUGCACGAGCACGAUUUGGCCGUGAUUCGUGACCCACAAAUAGCGCGUUACUCGUUCGACGUAAUGCCUCGUCGGGAAAUUCAGAAUCUGAAGCCUGAAUCAAAUUUUGCCGCAACCAAAAACAGCGAGCUACAGAAGCCAGAAUUAUGUGGAAGCGCAUAGCUUCGCUCUCCCCUUUGGUCUCCUCUUCGAAAUCAACCUUACCUAACCAGGCAUCAUAUGGGUUGAACAUCUGGAAAUCACUUUCUACUGGGAUAUGCACUCCGGUAAGAUAUGGAAAUUUGCUCAAAGAGAAAACUCCAUUUAUUACUUUUGUCUUAGGUGGUCCUGGUAGUGGAAAAGGUACACAAUGUAUAAAGAUAGCACAGACCUUUGGAUUCACACAUCUGAGUGCAGGGGAUUUGCUAAGGAGGGAAAUACUUUCUAACAGUGAAGAUGGCACCAUGAUUCUGAACACAAUUAAAGAGGGCAAAAUUGUUCCUUCAGAAGUGACAGUCAAACUGAUUAAAAAGGAAAUGGAGUCAAGUGAGAACUAUAAAUUUCUUAUUGAUGGAUUCCCACGAAGUGAGGAGAACCGCAUAGCAUUUGAACGCAUAAUUGGAGCAGAACCAAACGUUGUGCUUUUCUUUGACUGCCCAGAAGAAGAGAUGGUAAAACGAGUGCUAAACCGUAAUGAGGGCCGAGUUGAUGACAACAUAGAUACUAUCAAGAAGCGUCUUAAAGUAUUUUCAUCAUUAAAUCUUCCUGUUAUUGGCUACUAUUCAAAGAGAGGAAAACUGCGUACAAUCAAUGCAGUUGGAACAGUAGAUGAGAUUUUUGAACAAGUUCGCGCUGUUUUUACCGAAUGUGAGGCAAUGAAAUGAAAGAUAGUUUUGAUCAAGGAUGAGCACCACAAAAUUUUUGGUACUUAGUUGGAGUUGCUCAGCAUUUUUGGGCCAGGAUGGUGCAGAUAGUUUGGCAAACCAUGAUUUCCUGAAAGGCUUAAAAUUCUGGGUUAAAGGAUUCGAGGAAUUUGACCUUUACAAGCAUUUCCCAGCCUAGACGGUGAAACUUAUUUUCCAUGUUUAUUGAUUUUGGUGAUGCGGGUAGAUAGCCUAAGGUGCAAUGAAACCUUUAUUACACGUCUGUUUGUAGAAUUUGGGAAGGAAACCAAAAAUGGCAAAAGCAAGAUCUUAUCAGACUAGACAUUAUUAUAUCACUUUAUUUCAUUA